AUGGAGAGGGCGAGCCCGGCGGCGGGCAAGCUGAACGCCGGCGGCCGCGGGGCGGGCGAUGGGCACGGCCCCGCCGGUGGUGCCCAGCCGCGGGCGGCGGCGGCGGGCAGCGCCGAGCCGGGCGAGCUCAUCGGACGGGCGCUGGAUUUCAAGAGCGAAGGGGCGCAGUGCUACAAGGACAAGAAAUUCCGGGAGGCCAUCGGCAAGUACCACCGCGCCCUGCUGGAGCUGAAGGCGCUGCUGCUGCUGCUGAGCCAGGAGCCGGCCGGGCAGCGCCCUCCCGCCGCCGCCGCCGCGGCGGGGCUGAGCGAGGAGCAGCGGCAGGCGGUGGAGGCCAUCGAAGUCGACUGCUACAACAGCCUGGCAGCCUGCCUGCUCCAGGCCGAGCUGGUGAAUUACGAGCGGGUCAAGGAGUACUGCCUCAAAGUGCUGCAGAAGGAAGGGGAGAACUUCAAGGCGCUCUAUCGAUCGGGAGUGGCAUUUUACCACCUGGGUGAUUUCAACAAGGCCCUCUACUACCUGAAAGAGGCAAGAUCCCGCCAGCCGACAGAUACCAAUGUCAUACGAUACAUCCAGCUGACAGAGAUGAAGCUCAGCAGAUGUUCCCAGAGAGAGAAGGAAACCUUGUGAAAAUUAAGCCACUUCAGCUGAAGUGCCCAAGGAGAAACAUUUCCUUCCCAGAAGCUCAUUUGGUGGAUUUUCCCGUUUGCUCUGCCUCAUCCUCGUCUCCUCAUCCAUCCACUCUCCCUUGCUCUUCAUUGAAUAUCAGUUUUGAAAUGAAAGAGACUUGGACGCUGGAUAUGGCUGCUUGCCAAUCAUGGUAAUACCCCUUCCCUGUGGCAAAAGAGCACAACAACUACAGCCAGCCUUGUUCCCAGACAGUGUCACACACCUGGAGUAGGCAAUGCUGGGGGACCUGUCUGGUCCUGAACUGACUGCCUAUUACCUGUUAGGGAAGCAACCCCCAGAACAACAACUUCCUGACCAGGCAAGCUGGAGACAGAGGGUUUCUGCUCUGAGAGAUCACUGGAGCUUGAAAGAGCUAAGAAGCCAAGAGAGCCACUGGUCAUUCCACAGGGGACAGCAAAUACCUUUUUACCAUCAGUUCCCUCUGCCUGCUUCUCCAGUGUGUGUUAUUGGUCUCCAGUGAGAGCUCACACGCUCCCAGUCUACUGUCAGUGAAAACUCUUUCUAAACAUCCUCUUGAUGAAAGCACAGAGCACCCUAUGAACCCCCUGCUGAGCUGUCCCGGUGCUGGAGGAGAAGGCUGUGGGUCACCACAGAGCGCUGAACGGACUGUGAAAGCAUGGUGUACAGUGUGAGGGAAAAACUGUGAAAUAAUUCAUUAAAGGCAAAUAAAAAUUAUUCAUAGGCAA